AUGAUUGAAACUUCAGCUAGGAGAGCCACAGGUCGGGUCUGGACCUUAGCUGCCAGUUUCAGCUUCAUCCACCUUCGGAGACUACAAACAUACAGCUCGAGAGCAGCAGCGCUCGGUGAGCAGCCAGUUGGAACAAAGCGCCCACCAGAGUUUCAUGAUUAUUUUGUCACUCACCUUCCGUCGUCAUCGCUUCAUCCGGACACUCGAGGUCCGACCUCUCCCUUCCAUAAACUUCCUCGCUCGGCAUCAGUACCGCAUACUGGAGAUACAACCCACCCACCCUCAUUCCAGUCACUAGGAUACCGAGAAACAACAGUGGUCCGGAUCCCUCUACGCAGCGCCAAGCACCACUAUGGAGCUCAAACAGCUCGCGGCACUCGUGUCUCCAAUGAAGAUACAUACCAGGCCGGUGUGAUUGACAUACCUGCUUUUGCCAAACGACCCCCCACAUCAUUGACGAUUAGGAGAUCACGCAAUCGGGAUUCAUCUGCUCCCCCGCCCGAAACAAGGGCCGCAGAAACCGCCACUGGGGAUCCACAAGUCUUUUACUGGGGUGUCUUCGACGGCCAUGGUGGAUCCGAAUGUAGUAAGUUCCUAAGGGACUAUCUGCACGAGUAUAUUCAAGAUGCCGCAUUCGAUUUUGAACUUUGUUCUAGUCUCGGGAAAAACCAGCUUCACUUAGCGAAUGGGGGCCGGAUACCCUCUUUCAUCGGCUCAUUACCCGUGAUGCAGGAGGGCAAUCGUCAGCGGAUCGGUGAAAUGGAGAAGCUUCUUGUACAACAAUGGAGACGUCUCGUCGGCGGCUACUUCAAGCGAUUCAAGCCUGCGAAAUUCCAAUACUACGGGUCUGAGGACGCCACCCGUACAGAUCAGGACCAAGUGUCUAUCGAAGAGCUGAUGGAAUAUGCUUUCUUGAAUGCCGACUUGGAUUUUGUGAAAGCACAAGCUUCAAAGAAGGAAUACGACAUGGUCCAAGCUGAAAAGCCGCUGAACGAAGACGAGAUUCUCCACAGCCCCAGCUUGAGGCGAACCCCGCAAAUUGGUGGUCCCACCCGAUUCAAAGGAGGCAGCACAGCAACCAUCGCCAUGAUCUCAACUCCGACUCCAACGCCUUACUGGCACCCCGCCGGUCCCUCGACUCUACUUAUUGCGCAUGUGGGCGACACCAGGGCACUACUUUGCUCGACCAUUAACGGCGAAGCCGUUCAAUUGACAUCCAAUCACCACCCCUCAUCCCCAAUAGAAGCGGCCCGACUGCGCCGAUAUGCCACGAGCUUUGUGACCGACUCAUUUGGCGAGGAGCGCAUGAGCGGACUAGCAAACACUCGUGCCUUCGGCGAUGUGCAAUCUAAGCGCAUUGGUGUCUCCGCCGAGCCGGAAGUACGGCGCGUUGAAAUGGGCGCAGCGGAAUUUUCCUUCUUGGUCUUGAUGUCCGAUGGAAUCAGCGGCACACUCCCAGAUCAGGAAGUCGUGGACAUAAUCAAAGAAGCCCGUACGCCUGACCAAGGCGCUGCAGAUGUUGUCCGGUUUGCCACCGAGGUCAGUAGAGAGAGCGAUAAUGCCACUUGUCUUGUCAUACGACUCGGUGGCUGGGAACGUCGGCUAGAAGGUGGGGUUGGAAGUUUGGGAACCAAAGAGUCUCGUGAGUGGCGUCGACAGGAGGCCACUGAUCCGCGCAGGUCACGGAGGUGA